AUGGACCAAAAGACAGAAAGCUAUUUGCUCCUGGCCUUCUACACCGUGACCUUUCUCAUCGGCCUCCCUGCCAACGUUGUGGCCCUUCGAGCCUUCAUCCGCAGGGUCCGGCAGCCCCACCCUGCCCCGAUCCACAUCCUCCUGCUCAGCCUCACACUGGGGGAUCUCCUUCUGCUCUUGAUGCUACCUUUCAAGAUCCUUGAGGCUGCCACUGAGUUCCACUGGCUCCUGGGGAAGGCUGUUUGUGCUCUCACUACCUUUGGCUUCUACAGCAGCAUCUACUGCAGCACGUGGCUGCUGGCUGCAAUCAGCAUCGAGAGGUACCUGGGGGUGGCCUUCCCGGUCCAGUACAAGCUCUCCCGGCGUCCCAUAUAUGGACUAGCUGCUGCUCUGGUGGCUUGGAUCCUGUCUUUUGGACACUGCAGCGUAGUUAUCGUGGUGGAGUAUUUGGAUCCAAAAAACAAAACAAGUGAGAAUGAGACACAUUUUGAAUGCUAUGACAAUUUUAAUAAGAGGCAGCUGAGGACGGUUCUCUCCUUCCGCCUGGAGCUCUGUCUGGUCCUCUUCUGCCUGCCCAUGGCAGUGACUGUCUUCUGUUACUGGCGCUUUGUGUGUCUCAUGCUGGGCCAGCCACAGGUGGGAGCCCAGCGACAGCGGAGAGCUGUGGGACUGGCCGUCGUGACUCUUCUCAAUUUCCUCCUCUGCUUUGCACCUUACAAUGUCUCCCAUGUGGUAGGGUUUUUUGAAGGCAAAACCCCAAGCUGGCGAAAGUAUGCUGUGCUGUUCAGCGCUUUCAAUGCUGGCCUUGAUCCCCUCCUUUUCUAUUUCUCUUCUUCAGCCGUUCGCCGGGCAGUUGGAAAUGGACUGAAGGCACUGCGGAAUCAAGUAUCCUCCCUCCUGUGGUGCUGGGGGCGAGGCACUGCUGAGGGAGACACAGGGGAUACUGGUUUGAGCCAAGGGGAUGGUGUGGCAAGUUCUGACUUUACCACAGAGUAG